GAUUGGCCAUUUAAAGUGUACCGUUAUACGCGCAGAGAGAGAGAGAAGAGAGAGCGGGACUCCGCGGGAGAGAGAGAGUUCUAGAAGGCAGAGAAGAAAGAAAGCAAGGGAAGCUUUACUUUAAAGCAUCCAAAGCUCAUUGGCAUCUCUGAAGUGGGCAGAGAGACAGAGGGAGACUUGUGCUUGGGGAGCACCGAGGAAGGUAAAUGGAGAAACUGAAUGGGCUUCUGAGGGUGAGGGUGAUCAGAGGUGUGGGUCUGGCUGUCAGGGAUCUGAGAUCCAGCGACCCUUACGUUAUUGUUAAGAUGGGCAAGCAGAAACUGAGGACUCGUGUGGUAAAGCGCAACCUAAAUCCAGAAUGGAAAGAGAGCUUGACUCUUUCUGUUUCAGAUCAUAUUCUGCCCAUCAGGAUUGAAGUGUUUGACAAAGAUACAUUUUCUCGUGAUGACCCCAUGGGCUAUGCUGAAUUCGACAUACAUCCAUUUAUAGAAGCUGUAGAAAUGAAAGCCAAUGGUGUUCCUUGUAACGAAAUACACAAGAAGUUGGUUCCGAAUCGUCAAAAUUGUUACGCAGAGGAGAGCUGCAUAAAAUGUGUAGAAGGGAAGAUUAUUCAAGACUUGUGCCUCAGGCUAAGAAAUGUGGAGUGUGGCGAGGUUGAAAUACAACUGGAAUGGAUAAAUAUUAAAAGUGUGUAGAUUUUAAGCAUUGAAAUAUGAGUAUGUAAGAAGAAGUCCUGUGAUACUUCUGCUGAUUACAGAUGUAUAUAAUAAUCUGCUCUCUCUUGCA